AGAGACACCUCCUUUUACUGCAGUUGCUUUUCAGUGAUCUUAUUUUCCUCUGUGGUGAAAACAAGAAGAUGUGAACCUGUUUGAUUUUACUGGGUCUGCUCUCUUUCUGCAGCCUCUGCGUUAGUCAAGAAUGCGCUCAAGAGUUAAUCGAGAAUGUGGAUUUCUCGGGAUCAGAUAUAACAUUUCUCUACUCUCCGGAUCCAAGGCACUGUCAGCAGCUGUGACAUAUUUCUAUUGAUUAUUUUUUUAUGCAGUGAUAACUUCCAAUGUAACUUGAAGGGAAAUCCAUCUUUAAUGGGGACCAGAGCCAAAGUGGGAGUCACAUCUGGGAUACCGGUGCACUUCUGCCAGAUGGAUAACAAAUGCGCUCAAGAGUUAAUCGAGAAUGUGGAUUUCCCAGGAUCAGAUAUAACAUUUCUCUACUCUCCGGAUGCAAGGCACUGUCAGCAGCUGUGCACCGAGCACCCCUCCUGUCUCUUCUUUACCUUUGUUCGACAUGACUGGACCAGAGAUAAGAGGAACUUCUACUGCUACAUCAAGUCCACUCCCUCUCUAAAGCCCAACGUCCAGACUCCACUACAACGUGUCACUUCGGGCUUUUCUCUCAAAAACUGCACCUCAGAGCUGCAACAACCUGAUCGGUCUCAGCUGUACCAGAACAUGGACUUCCUGGGGCCAAACUACAAAUCGUUGUUCACGUCCAGUGAUGAAGAGUGUCAGAGGGUCUGCACGCAGGACCGUCACUGUCGGUUUUUUACUUUUGUAAAUGGCGUCUUCACACCAGAGACCAUAAGGUAUAACUGGCCCUUCCCCUUCCUGUUGCACGUUCAUGUGUCGGGGUAUGCUGUCCCAAUACCUGUUGGGGCUAAGGGGUAG